AUGUCUCAUACAACUAUGUUGCAAAUAAGAGAUCAAGUGGCCAGGCAUAUGGCUACAACAGCUCGAAUGAGUGUCAAUCAUAGUAUCAUGCCUCAUUGUUUGUGGGUCCCACCAUCAGUUCCUUAUAGUAUUCUUGAUAAAAUUGAUGCAGAGAUAGAAAAAGAAGAGUUUGGGGUUGACAUAUCUGAUCAGUAUAGUGUUAAUCAUUAUGCGUUUCUGGUGCCACAAUCUGAUGAUAAUCUUGAUGAUGAAAUUGAAGAAGAAGAGGAGAAAGAGGAGUUUGGGGUUGACAUAUAUGAUAGUCUUGAUAGAGAAAUAGAAAAAGAGUUUGGGAUUGACAUAUCUGAGUAUUUAGAAACAAGAAUAUUUUAUGCUCCAAUGUGUGAAGAUGAAGAAAAAGAUGCAUGUUUCAUCUGUGCAUAUGAAUAUGAAGAUGAUGAUAUCAUUGGCACACUUCAAUGUGGCUAUGACUUUCAUGCAGAUUGCGCCAACAAGUGGCUACUGACGAGGACGAAAUCAUGUCCGUGUUGUAGCGAUCCAGUUCUGCCCAUCCAUGAUUAA